AUGAUGGGAAAGGUGAUAAUAUGGUGUGAAUGGUGUCGAGUGCCGGAAUGCGAAGACAACGGCACGGAGUUCCUACCCGACUGGGUGGAGUGGGCGGCGCCGAAGGAGGAACGAGGUGGGGAGAUGGUGCCGAGCCGCUGCCACCGUUACGUGCCCGUCACCAACACCAGCGACACGUGCUGGAUCGACGGCUUCACCAACGUCACGGAGCGAUGCAACGACUGGGUGUACAAGACUAGCGAGAUCACCAUCGUCAGAGAGUGGAACGUCACGUGCGAGGAGAAUAAGUGGAAGCUGACGGUGGCCGGCAUGCUGGUGUACACCGGGGUGCUGCUGAGCAAGCCCUUCGCUGGUUACGUCUCGGACCGGUUCGGGCGCAAGACGAUGCUGCUGGCCGGGCUGGCGUUGGCGGGCUCAGCCGGGGCUCUGCGGGGGCUCUCGCAGAGCUUCCUCAUGUUCCAGAUAUGCAACAUCCUCGAGGGCAUCUUCGGUGGCGGAAUCUACUCCGCCGCCUUCGUCAUGGGUCUCGAGCUGAUGGGCCCGAAGAAGCGCGUGCUGGGCGGCGCCAUCAUGAGCUCGUACAACGCCUUCGGGGAGAUCGCCAUGGGCGCCAUCGCAUGGGGGCUGCAGAGCUGGCGCCUCAUCCACGCGGUCAUCUACGGCCCGGCCGUCCUCUUCAUCUUCUACAUAUGGCUUCUCCCUGAAUCUGUGCGAUGGCUUCUUGCCAAGGGCAAGAAAGACAAGGCUGAAAAGAUCAUGCUGAAAGCCGCCAAAAUGAAUGGAGUUCCGGCGCCCACAGAUAUGUUCAAGAGUCUUUCGUCUCUGGAAAAACUGAACACCGAGCCUGAACCUUCUCCGCUUCCAGAGAAAGGAGUAAUGGGCCAAGCAAUUCGAUCCAGAAUACUCAUGCUGAGGCUGAUCAUGUUAUCCUUUACAUGGGCGUCCAUCAGCUUCGUGUUCUCGGGGCUGACGUUCAACGCGACGUCACUGGCCGGCAACAAGUACGUCAACUUCAUGCUGGCCGGGCUCAUCGAGAUGCCGGGCCACCUGCUCACCUACUUCGGCAUGGAUCGGCUGGGCCGCAAGGGCACGCUGGCCGGGUCGCUAUCGGCCAGCUCGCUGUGUUGCUUCCUCUUCAUCGCCGUGCCGCCAGACAUUGUAUGGCUGGGAAUUGGUCUUUACCUUCUAGGUAAAUUUGCCAUUACAACUUCGUAUGAUGUCAUGUAUAUGUAUGCAGCUGAACUCUUCCCGACAAAACUCCGUCACUCUAUGAUAUCAGCGUGUUCUAUGCUAGGGGGCAUAGGUGCUAUUGCAGCUCCUGUAUCACCUCUUCUGAACACAUAUUUUCAAGGUUUGCAUCUCAUUCUCUUUGGAGGCUUUACUUUAGCAUCUGCUAUUAUUACACUCUUCCUGCCAGAAACUAGAGGAGUAAAACUGCCAGACACAGUGGAAGAGGCAGAACAACUGGGAACUAGAAAUUAUGCCAACAGGGACUAUCAGAUGGAGGAGAGAUUGGAAUGAAGAAAUGUCUGAAUUCCAUAAAUAUCUGAACCUAGUGAUAAAUCAUUGUUGGCACAUACCUUAAGUGCAUUUAGAGCUCCAAGACAAUCUACGGGUAUUGUUGAAGAGAAGUGAUAUCACCACAUCCAAAGAUACUGCCCCAAUUUUUUAAGUGUAUUUUGUUAAUGAAAAGUUGAAGCAAAGUUACUUACAACUGCAUUCUUGCAGAUCUUCACAUGUUAAUUUUUUUACUAAUUUCUUAAAUAUAGGUUCACUACUUUUCUACAAAGGUGCUAAUGUUCUGAAGACGGAUGGUUGUGAUAUGCCGCUGUGCCAAAAUAUCUUUGAUUCCACGAAUACAAAUCUAAAAAUAUAAAUAAAAGGACUCAAGUUUUGUAUAUUAUGUAGGUUUAAGGGUCAGUCAAUGAUGAGAAGACAUAUUACUUCACUUACAUGAAAAAAAUUAUAAAGUGGUAUUUUUAACUUAGUACUAAACAACUGUACAAUUACAAAGUCACUGUUGUUCCCCCAAAAAAUUGUGUGGACUUAAAAAAUGCAAGUCAUAAUGAAUUAUCAUAAAUUUAUGUAGAUGCACAGUGUGCUAUUGAUGACUGGUCAUACUAAUGAUACGAAACAUAUCAUAUACAUUCUUCUUUUUCUCUAUCAAGAGUAGAAAUCUGUCAGAAUUCUACUUUUGCAAAGAAUUCAUAGCAGAGCAAGUGAAAAGUUUUCAUAAUAAACAUGUUUUAUAUCCUUCAUAGUGAGAUGCUGGGGGAGAAUUCAAUAAUUGAAACAUUUAGUUUCAAUCAAUUUUCUAUGUUUCUGUCAGUUCUCUAAAUUCCUGGAAAUUAGCAUCUGAAUUAAGUUAAAUACUUCCAAUAAUUGGAAGAAUUCAAUAUCUAAUUAUUAUAGAUUGAAAGAAAAUUUCUGAAAGAAUGACCGGUAACUAGGUACAAAAAUCCAUUUAAUGAAAACUUAUUGUUCUACAUUAUAUUACAAUAAUUUGUAUGAACAGAGUCUUAAUAUACAUAAUGAUUGUUUUUAAUAAUUGAUUGACCCCUAUAGACAUACAGGAGAAAUAUUUACUAACUUUGCCUUUUCUUUUAAAGGUCCAUUUCUAAAUUUCUUUCAUAUUUAAUAUUAUUUAUGGUAUUUUGUUAUUUUUAAGACACAGUAUCAUCACUCCAUUUGCUUUAUUCAGAGAAUUAUUUUAUUGUAUAGACAUCUGUAAAAUAAGUUUCAUAACAAGAUGUGUGAUUGUUUAUAGUAUUUACUUAAUUUUUAAAUAUUCCCUUUCAUUUAACAAAUUCUCAAAAACAUGAUUGUUAUUUUAUCAUAAACACAGUUUCACAGAUAGAAUAUUAUUGUACAUUUUAAUUUUAGACUUUUUUGAAGCAGAAUUUAUAAAUAUAAGAAUUUACAAUUUACAUACUGACUGAAUAAGCUCAUUCAUAGAAAAGAUUUUGAAAUGAAAAAUAAAAAUAUUUUUCUUGAAACCAAUGAUGGCAGCUAUUGGCUCUCAUGGGGAGAGGAAGGAUAAAUUAUGAAGUUUUCCAGGUCUAGUAGUUUUAUUCUGAUUUCAUUUUUUAAAGACACAUUCAAUAAAACAUAAUAUAGCAUCCCAGGAAAGUCUCUCCACAGUGACACCUUGGUGAUGAGUGUGCUCGCAAAAGAUAUUAUGUUGGUAGCAGCUUGAAAACUUACAUUGCAUACUCACCACAAUCACAGUAGGUACUUGAAGUAUUGUCCUCUUCACUUGUUUCCCAGUGAUUGUGUUGCUACCAACAUAAAUGCAAUUUUUAAUGAGACCCUGAUUCAGCUCAGUGUGGAGAGACUUCCCAGUUGCACUGUAUAAUGAUGUUCAUUAUUUGUUAUACUGCAUUAAGAAGCAAGCUGUAGUAAAAAUAUUUUGCUGACCUUUAUUAGCUAAAACAUCAACAGUGUUGAGGAAAGGAAUAUUAAGAAGGUCCUGAUCUGGCAGAUAGAUGUACUCCAUGAACUUGCGCUUUCAUAUCUAACAAAACAUCCAAUAAGCACUAGUGUCCCAACACUUCUGCUCUCAUUAUUCCUGGCACCGCCAUCGCUUUCAUGGCUGUUGUGAUUUUCUAAAUUUAAAAUUAUUGAAUUCAUGAAGAGCUGUGACAUAACUUCCUCUUUGAAUCUACUAUGUGCACCUUGAUAACUUCAAGAAAUUAAUUUUAAAAAUUUGUUUUUUAAACUAAACUUUUGCAAAUAUACUAUCUUUUAAAUCUUCAUUGAUAUUUCCCCAUUAUUUUAUGUGCCAGAGAUGCCCAUGAAGGCAGCUUACUAAUCUGCUUAAUAGCAGUGUUGUGUAGGUAUAUAAUUAUACUAACUGAGCAGAGUGAUCUUCAUCAGAGGACACUAGUGUUGUCUAGGAUGCUUGUAUCAAAGGUAUCAACUUUAAUUGAUAUUAAGCAUAAUGUCUUAAUGCUUAACAUCAAUUAAAGUUUUAGUUGUAUGUUUUCUCUUAUAUUUCUAUCUACGAAAAGUAACAACUCUUUGCUAUGAAAACAAAUAUAACUUAUUUUUUGAUACUUCUAAUGCUCAGUAAUUAGGAUUUUAAGACUCCACUCCGAUGGACCAAUAAUAUCUUAUUAAGAGAUAGAGAAGGUAGCCUACUCCAAAACUUUUUAAUGAUUGAUGUAGGCCUAUGUGACAUGCUAUAUCUAUUACUUGGAAGUACAAAAGAUGUUUCCAUCUACGCUGAAUUACACAUGAUAAAUUCACUGAUGUUAUUGGGAAGUGAUACUUCAAAGUUUUGUUUUUGUGAAUGAUACAUUGCUAAAUAAUUACAUUUGUUAAUGAUAUCUGAAGUAUUUAUUUCACUCAACUAUUCUAAUGUAAUGAAAUACUCAUAUGGUUCUGAGCAAUUUACUCCUAAUAAAUCCCUACAUGCUUACUUUAACUUAUUAUUUCAAAAAACUUUACACUUAACUAAACUUUACUAAACCACAACAUGAUAAAUAUAUUUUUAUAAUGACACUAGC